GGACCGCGUCGCCGAACGGAACUUACCUUGGAGCUGGAAACCGUUUUCGUCAUUUUCCUCCUGUGAAUACCGUUGACCGGGAACGUUUCUGUAAUAAAACCGGAUAUCCGUGUGCCGUGUCGAGUGUGUGUCGCGCCAGAGGCGCUUUCUGUGAGUUCUACACCUUCUGUCGUGCUUCGAAGUCUACGCUAGUAGUGGUUUGUGGUGGUGGAUCCUCUUCUGGCGGAAGCGUAAAUUUUGUGCUUUUUUUCGCGCGUGACUGUGUAAGUGUGACAAUAGGAUACAAAACAGCAGCAACCUCGGAAGGCAGCAUCCCUCGGUGCCGAAACAUAUUUACGAAGCAGGAGAAGUUUUCCUCCCUAUCAAAAAAAAAAAAAAAAAGGGAAAUUGUACAUUUACCAAGCUGUUAAACUACUCUCCACACGUAGGACGAGUGAAAUCAGAAGCGGAAUAAAGUUCGGAAGUGAUUUGUCCUCUGUGAUACCACCAAUCUUUUAGUAGGGACAUUCGUUUUCCAGUAAAUCCAUUCGCAAGUUUGAGUACGCGUCUGUGGCCGUGUUUGUGUGAAUUUCCGUAGAGCUUAAAAAGCUUUUCUUAUGAGUAACCGAGUUUAAUUUUCUUUCAGUGAUCCUGCAGAAGUCUUUGGCGUAUUCCCAGUGAAGUCUGCAAAGCUUUUGAAGGGCUACACUGGUGCAUAUCAAAUUGGAAAAAAUACGGCGCUGCUGAUUUUGUGGUAAAAAGAUAUACACUAUUGGUCGAGAAAAUGAAAGUUUAGUCUGGCAUUUUUUUUUGUGUGUAACGGAAUCUGUGGUGAAAAAAGCUUUCCAAAAAGAGCUCCCAAGGCUAACUAAUAAAUAUUCACUGAGAUAAAGCCGAAAGCUGGGAACGAAAAGUGAAAGAAGAGUAAAUUAACUUUGCUCACCGAAAAUAGCGGCUGAGGAAAAGGGAGCCAAGAAAAGUGCGGUUAGGGUGUGAGAAAAAAAAGCAACGACAUAAGGCUCUCCUCUGAGGGCGGUGGUACGGCUUCAUAUUUGGAAUAAAUUGUGGCAACAUCCAAAAAGCGCGGGAUAGCUGGAGCGAAGAGGGGUUUCCCAUUCAGUUUCUUUUCUAGCUUGUACACUUUAGUCUCUAUAGAGUCUCGUGCCUCCUGAAUAGGAGAAGCAACAAAAAAGUAACUGUGUUAGUGGCCAGGAAGCUGUCUAUGGUGUGUGUGCUUGUGUGAGUUGCUGCUCGUGGAGGACGAAAAGGAAAAAAAAGUGUAUUAAGCAUCAGAUUGGAUAUUUAGCUACUACAGAGAAUUGUAAGCUCUAAACCGGAUUCAUUCGGACACAAAUUGAAAGCUACAUCAAAGCUCUGGUUGGAAGCCGGGUGAAAACUCUCUAAAGAUUCACUUUUCGCCGGAUUUUUGGUUCUGCCAAGGAAUUCCGUUUGCAUUCCUCCGGCAGCGCAGAAUAUAAAGACGAGUCAGCUGCUGAUUCCUCGACUCGUUAUCGUUGGCGGCUGAAGGAUAAAUUUUUAAUAAUCACAAUCACUGUUCGUUUACGGUUGGUCGAAUCUUGUGCCGGUUUUGUGCUGAUAGCACACCUGUGAGAAAACCAGGAAGGUAAAGUGAAAGGAAAAAUUUUCGACUUGAGCAAAAAAUAAAAGGAACUUCACUGAACCAUGGCCAGUUUGGUGCAACCUUCGUCGGCCAGAUCGCAACAGGUGUUACAGACCCAGCAGCAGCAGAUUGCUAUCGAAAUAGCCGCGGAUCCACCGGUGAUGCCACAGCCUCAGGCUCCCCAACUUCAGCAGAUUCACCACCAUCAUCAGGAGCUGCAAGCUCACGCUCUGUUGGCCCAGUGUCAGCAGCAUCAUUCGGCCGUGGGCCAACCGUUGCCAUCAUCGGCCGCAUCCCAUACACAUUCGACCCAGCAGUCCCAGCCCAACGUGGAUAUCGUCCUGCGGGAAUCGACCCGGUCCAAUCUGAUCAGCCGGAAGAAGGUCGGUGGAUCGGCCGGCGGUGGCAGCAGCGGAUGCGGGCCACCGGAAAGUGGAGGAACCGAAGGCCGGAGGAGUGGCCGAUCCGGGGGAAGCCGGAAGGACGACAAAGGUGAAGGAAAAUCCGUGUACCGAAAGUUCUUCAAGCGCAUCAAGACCAUUUUGGAUGGGAACGAUCCGGACGAUGCCAAUGCAGAUCCGGAAGCGGAAGAUUUGCCCAUCCCCCAGCGCUACUAUCCGGACUCCCUGGUGGAAAUCACCCGGACCGCCCGCUUCUCCGAGGAGGAGAUCAAACGGAUAUACCGCGGCUUCAAGGCGGAAUGCCCGACCGGAAUCGUGAAGGAGGACACCUUCAAGGGCAUCUAUUCGCAAUUUUUCCCGCUCGGUGCAAGCAGCGGUCAAUACGCCCAUUACGUAUUCAAUUCCAUCGAUCUGGACCGGAAUGGCUCAUUAAGUUUCGAGGAAUUCGUUGCCAACCUGUCGAUCCUGCUCCGUGGUACGGUGGACGAGAAGCUUCAAUGGACCUUCUCGCUGUACGACAUCAACGGUGACGGCUGCAUCACCAAGGAAGAAAUGAAGGAAAUCGUUACCGCUAUCUACGAACUGAUGGGCAAAGUUCCCGAAGGUUGCGACGAGGAGCAAGCCAUCAAGGAAAAGGUGGAGCGAUUAUUUGAGAAAAUGGAUCGCAAUUGCGAUGGAAAAAUUACGCUGGAUGAAUUUAUCGAAUGCUGCACCACCGACGAAAGCAUCCGACGUUCUCUGGCCGUUUUUGAUACCAUUUUCUAAGUGUACCUAUAGCAUAUAACAUCUAAAAAUGGGGGAAGCCGAAAGAAACUGACAGCAGAAAAGUGUGGUCAUCGUUGCGGAAAAAUGGACGUAAAAAGAUCUCCGUUCUCGGACUGUUGCAUUUUCGGUGAAGAAGGACCUAGUAUAAGAACAAAAAAAAAGUGAACUUCAAGAAUAAUCCGAGACUGCGAUAUGGUGAUGUGUACUUUGCUGAUUUUUUGUUCACUUGAUGGAAAAACGAAGAAAAAAAGAUUAUGGUACGCUGCAGUGAAACUGAUAAAGUCCUGUAUCAUCUCAAACUUCCUAGGAGAAUCUACUAAGUAUUUGGUAGGAGUCCAGCCACGUCGUACCAAUUUCACUCAGCACCAACACCAGUUACAUUUAUAACUAUCUACUAUUUAGAGACUACACACCCAGUAGAAGAAGGGAAAUCUAAAGCAGCAGCAGCAUCCUUUGCAUAUCCAUCGUUGAAAAUUCUAUGAAGGUACCCACGUCUCAUGCGCUGCACUAACUUUAAGAAAAACUUCUUGGAAAGCAGAUGCUCAACGAUGCUCGUCCUACACCUAAGAAACGGGAAGGAUUCCUAACGUUUGCGUAGUGCUCUAUCGAACGAAUGAAUGUCGUUGAAUUUAUGAAAAGUAAACAGUAGCGCUUCAAGUAUGUUGAACACAAAUCCAACACCUAACACAGCUGUGUAGUAAGAUGCAUAUGAGUCCCAUUUGUAAUGAAAUUACAACCGCAGGUUGGGGGGGAUGCAUUUGAAGUUGUUUUAAUUUAAGUUUUUUUUACGUACCGUUUAAUAAAAGUUGAAUGUUAUAAUAAAUUUAAUCGGAUAAAAUGCCUUUAAGACAUCUUUGCGUAAACGAGAGCAAUCCGCAAAAAACAACCAUCAAAACGUUGCAGCUAGGGUUUUCAGUUUGUUUGUGGAGAAACUUCAAUCAUAGCUAAAAGAUUAAUCUAAACAUUUUGGAAGCUUUUCUGCUUCCACGCCUUUCGAUCACUUCCUGCUGAUGAUGCUUUCCAAAACAACUUGCCAAUAAGUUUCGAGGGAUCUGGUGAUAUGCUGUGGUUUAUUUUCCAUUUUUAUUUUAUUUAAAAACAUUUAAUUUGAGAUUUCAAAUACUUUUUUUAAAGAUCGCUUGUUUUGACUUACAAAAAAUAAUCAUCCACCUAUCUUGUUUUCUUCACGUAAGGACGUUAGGAAUUAAAUAAAAUAUUAAAGCUCAGUUGGCAAGUCAGUUGCCUUCUGCCUUCUGCAGGCAAAUAGAAAUUCGCUGCAGCAUUAUUGCAGUAUUAUUUACUUUUCGACAGAAAAAUGUGUAAUUUUUGAAAAGAUAAAAAUUCGUGCCGGAACCAAACAAAAUCAACAAAGCUGUUGUUUCAUAGAUGAGGCAUGAUUGCUCAGUUUGGUGAAACUUGUCCAAUGCAAAACUCUCUCAACGACUUACAAAAAAGGUUUUAAGAAUUGUCAUUCUGAUGAAACAAUAUUUGAUGUCUGCUCACUGGUCGGUGAUUCAAUCAGAUCAAUUUGACAUUUGAGCGCUUUUUUUUUGUUUUUUCUUCUGAUUUCUACCCCUGGAUCGAACAGAGAAUUUGCAUUGAAAAUUUAAUAAACAUUGUGUCGAUAGUUUUAUAUACUCAAAAUCGUGGUUAUGACCUGAAAAUAAACAUCAUAUUUUAUAUUUGGUAUUUUAGUUUUGAUCCAAAUCAAAUUCUGAUACAAACACCAUAGAUUGAUUUUUCGGCGAGAAUAAAAACGACAUUACUUUCCAGUUGGUUCAAACGAUAAUUGUAUAAUUUUCCAUUUUACAAGAACUAAUAAUCUUACUUCAUCUAGCGCUUCUCGUACUGUUAUUCGCUGUCUCUUGUUUGUUUUUGAUGUAAUGUUUACAUUGAUCUGUCAUUUUCUUGAUCUUUGGUUAAAUUGGGUUUGAAUGAUGAUUUGAAAUGAUUUUCCUUUUUCUGUUUGUUAACAACGGCGUUUUCGCCCCUAAUUUUAAUCCAUUACAUUUCUGCAAAGAUUCUGGUGUUGUACUUCGGGACUUUUACUAAAAUUUUGGUAUUUUUUAAAUCAAAACAUGACCAUACUCGAAACUCUGUUGUACAAAUCCGGUUACUCCUAUUUUUGUUGUUUUAACAUCGUUUUAAUGUUGUUAGAUUUUUUUUUUUUUGAAGAAUUGACUUGUUUCUCGAAUGUAGGAUUUUUCACAUCCUCCCCAUUUUAUGUUACAAACCACAUUUUCAAUUUUAUCUUUUCAAUUUUUUUUCUGAAUAUGAAUUGUUCUCAAUAAGAAAUUCGAGAUCUGGACUCUUAAAUCCCAGUUCUGAGUUCAUGUUCAUAAACAUGAAUUACAAAAUCUGAACUUCAGAACUGAAUUACAAACUGGAAUACUCAUUCUUGAUUAAUCUUUAUUCUUAAAAAGAACACUCAACCGAAAUCCUGAAUUUUAAUUUUUACUAACAAAUUUUGAAUCUGAAUAACAUAUCAGAACAGAAUUACUUAUAAACAUUAACUUCGUAAAGAGAAGCUGAAUCAGAAAUCUGAAUAACGAAUCUCUCUCUUAAAUAUUUUAAUGCAUUCUUCAUGAUAAGAUAAUUGAAAAAUAAGAUUUGAAGAUUUUUUUUUUAAAUUUAUGAAAUUAUUUUCUUGGCUAAAUUUCACUGAUUAAGCCGAUAAAAUAAUUUCAUAAAUUGGCUUAGACGUUUAAAGACCUAGAGAGCUAAAAUUUGAGGGCUCAUUAGAACCAGGAAUGAUGAAAAAGUUGUGUGAUUUUCGGAUGUCCCCUUUUGGAGAGAAUCGUCCAUACAAGACAAGCAUUGUUUUUGCGACAUUGACGUUAUUAGGAUACAUUGGAUGGAGUUGAAAAUUUGUACAUGAGUGUUUUGAAACAUAUUUUUCUUAUUUUUUCUACAUUUUCAGAAAAAAGUACUCUCUACUAAUAACAAAAGCAUUGAAAACCAGUGAGUAUGAAAGAAAAAUGUAUAAUUUUUUGGUUUAACCCGUGGAAGAACUUAAAUCUGUUUUAGUCGACAACAUCAAUUCAAAAUUGUUAAAAUUAUAUUUAAAUUUAAAUAAUUUUCAGUAAUGAUCCCAAAAAUAGUAAAAAAUUCUGAACUCAGUUUCGAUGCGAUCUGGAAGUCAAUUUUUGGUUAUUUAUGUUGACAAUCAAAAUCGCUGAGUUACUCAACUUAGAGCCACUAGAUGGUGCUGUUUUUUGUCCAAUUUUAACGAUUUUAAAAUGGCCUACUAUUUAAAUUCUUACACACGGAUUUGAUACAUUUUUAUUCGGACCCGUUGUCUUGUUUAUUGUGGUCAUGCAUCUGAUUGUAUUGUAUAUUCAGAGAAAAAUUGGAUUAACGCAACGGUAGUUAGACCCGAAAUUUGAUAACAGUAAAUUGACAGCUCUGCUGAUAGCUUGCCUUUUCGUCUGUGUAGCCGAGCAAUACUAAAGCAAACCUUCAUAUGAAAUGAAUAUCGUUUUUCUAAGAUGCACUGAAUUAUUAUUUCAAUGAAUGAGAUGACUUUUUUGAUAGUUUUGUAAAUUAUAAGAUAUCGAUCAGAGUUGGUUACUUAACCCUUUAAUGCAUGACUUUUUUAAAUGAGAAUAGCAGCUAUUGUCUCAUUGAAAAAGUAAUAUUUUAAUUCGAAUAACACAACUAAGCAGGUUUGAAGUCGUUAUUUUGAGUUUUAUAAAAGCUAUGGCCCAUCAAAGUUGAAAAAUAUUUUUUGAAAUUUCUAGUUCAUUUCUAUACAAUUUUGCAAAUUUCUUCCAAACCUUGGUUAUUGGGUGCAGGGAAGUGUUUAUAAUUGAUUGAUAUUAAAAAAUUUGAUAAAAUUGGCAAAUCUGAAGAAAAAACACCGUUUCUCCGAAAACUACUUUUUUCAAAAAAAAUAAAUAAAUUUGAUUUUUGCAAUUUUUUCGCAUACUUAGGUUUAUAUCUUACACAUACAUUAGAAUAUCGUAAUAAAAAUAGCAUAGACUAAUUCCUUUAAUCUCUAAAAUAUUUUUUGUGAAAACAUCAUUCAAAAAUAUUCGAGCGUUUUCGAGAUAUAUGGAAUUUGAUUAGUGUUGUUUUAAAACAACACUAUGCAUUAAAGGGUUAAACAUCUAUGACAUGUAACAAUACUUAGUAAUCUUUAAGCACUGAUCACACUGACAUGACACUUAGAACAAAAAUUCAACCAUUUUUUGUCUAAUUUUUUGUUGUCCGAUUUUGCUGGUUCGCUAUACCGACGGCAGGUGGCGAACCUGAAAAAUUUGACAAAAAAUGCCCUGUAGGAAAAACGGUCCUGUUUACGCCGAUUUGAUCGUAGAAAUUGCGUGUUUUAUUUUUAAAGUUGGGUGGCAUUUCCUAACUGGGAUAGCAUUUCUUCAAAUCGAUCGAUGCGCACUCUGGAAUCGACAUUGCGUACUGUUGGAAAAAUUAUCCAGAAAACGAAAUUUAGUGUCCAGUCAGUAUGGUCAGUGCUUUAAGGUUGCAUGCCAGUCGUUUUCUGGGAUUUUCAUCUGCAAGGAUUAUUCAUCUCUCAAAAUUUUUCAAUCGUUAUUUUUGGUUGCAAAUGCUGAAACGUAUCUGCAAGUAAUCAUCACACAGGAUAUAAAUUUAAUCCAAUUCUAAACAUAUUGAAAUUAACUUUGGUAAAUAGGCAACAAAAAGAAAACUGGUAAAAUUAAUUUCAAAUAAUUUGUUAAAUGAACAGCUUUUUCAAAUUAUCAUCAAACUAAACACCGGAAUAAGUAUUUGACGAUAUGUUACAAACACAAGAAUUUGUCAAAAAAAUUCAAAGUUUGAAAGGAAAAACUGGCAUUUGGUAUACAUCAAUUCUUCGAUAAUAUGUGUAGAAAUACGGAGAAAAACAAUUCGAAAAUGACUCUGCAGAUUUUAAAAACCAAAUAUACAAGAGUGCUAUAGAAAAACAAUGCUUAAAUCAAAACGUUCGUUGAAUUAAAACCACGUGCAGUUUAAAUAUUCAUUUUAAAUGGGUUGAAAUAUUGCUGAAAUGUCAUUAUUGAUUCUGAAUGUUGUUGAUGUUUAUCUCAGUUAAAAAAUGCUUGAAUUCAAUUGCAUGAAAUAUCAAUUGCUGGAAACCAGCAAUCUCAAUUGCGGGAAAUCAGUAUUUUUUUAUAAAACAACUGGAAUUUCUUGGAUUUCAAAUCAGAUUUUCAAUUUAAACCCAUGAUAGUCAUAUUUAUUAAAAGAAAUUUGUUGGUUUAUUUUUCUUGAGCGACAUUUAUUUAAAUUUUUAUAAAAAAAAUCUACCAGAGGGUUGGAAAUAUUUUAUCUCUUCGAAAAAAAAUAAGCAUACCUUUGGUUUAAAUGCUUCAUCUCUGGAAAAUGGAGUCAAACACUUUGCGCGCGCAACAAAAAAUAAUGAGCCAAAACAAAAAAAAAAUCAAGUUUGACAGAUCGAUUGCUGGUUUUUCAGCAACGAUCGAAGAUCAAAUGCUGGAAAAAUCAGCAAGACGGCGAAUGUUUGCUGGUUUCCAGCAAAAAUUUGGAUUGAUUUCAGGAGUUGAAUUUUGACACGAACACGGAAAUUCGAGAAUUCCCGUUUUUUUCGCCCGUGGCACAUAGAAACAUAACUCAAAUGUUAUAAAUCUUGCGUAUAAAAAAAUUCUCGAAUUGUGAAAGAAAUUUUGCAGUAUAAAAACAUUACAUAACAGAACAGAUACAAAAUGGGACUUAUCAAAAACCACAGCUCCGUUUUUUGUUGUCAGGAAACGUGUAACGUUAAUUUGUAUUAUUGUUAUUCUAUGAUUAAUUUGUUACGCAAGCUUCAGAAAUUUGCCUAAAUCAAUUGAUUUGAAAACAAAUUUUAAAAUGUUUUUUAGUUUGUUUUUUUUUAAAGUACCUACAUUUUAAAUUGUUUAUAUCUGGGUUCGGUUGAGGUUAAAUGAAUCCAUAAAUAAUUUCAUAAACAAUUUUGUGCAGCAACAAAGCGAUGAUCCAACGGUUAGUGAGAUUAGAGAAAAGAAAACUCAAUCCAUUAGAAUAAUUUUAAAACUAUUUGAAAAAUAUUUAAUCCAGGGUAAAAUUGAUUAAUAUUGGAAGAUGAACAUUUUAAAAUUCAAGCUGAUUGAGAUUCAUUUACUUUGAACAUUUAUUAUGUUAUAUAGUUCUAUAAAACAAUGUGUACCAAAAAAAAUCCCAUUAUAAAAGAAAGUUUUGUAUUUCGGUAAUAAAUAAUAUAAAUCUUUUACAAUUGAUGUUUUUCGAUGUUUUUAUAGAGGAAAAUUAGACUGCUUUUUAACGUUUUCGGCAUACUUGUGUUCGACCAUCAUCAGAAAGUAAAACGCUGUUGCCGCGUGUUUCCUAAAAGACGGUCGCUCGAUAGUACAGAAGUGUCGAACGACGGCCAGUUAGGAAACACACGACAACAGAGUUUUUUUCUGAUCAUGUCCGAUUGUAAGUAUGUCGAAAACAUAAAAAACAGCAUAAUUUUCCUCUAUGAAAUCACCAAGAAUCAGCAAUCGAAAAAGAUCAUAAGCUAGUGCGGUGAUGAAAAUCAAAUAAGGGGUAGUAAAUAAUGAAGCGCAGGGAAAAAGGUUUCGAAACUAAGAUCUUUACACUUAUAACAAGUGUCUCCUGAUAAUAUGCAUUUUCUCCUUAUCUACAUCGACAUUAUUUUUCUAGGAUGCAGAAGGAACUUGGGUCAUAAAGCAUACAUUUGUUAUCUGACAUCACUUUCUCUUUUUUCCUCUCUAUCUAUUGACUAAAUAGAAGAACGUGGCCGGCACCGUUAUUGAUGUAUAAAGAGAGAGCAUCAGUUUUUGACAUUGUGAAUGUGAUGUCAAUCCCAGACAAUUUUUAAAAAUAACUUCAGACUUUGUUUUCAAAUGUUUAUGUAAAUGGAAUAGAUGUUGAACUCAAAAAUUUCUUUACAAAAACAGUUUAAAUUAGAACAGUAACAUGCGGUUUUGGCUUUAUCAGUGGUUUAAAAAAGGUGUUGAAAAUAAAUUUUGGUGGGUAGCGAAAAAAAAUAUUUAUACUUUGUUUUGAAGCUGUCAUCCAAACCGCGAAAAAAUGUCUUCGAUUCAUAAAAAAUAAUGACUACAUAUUUUAAGAUUUGAAUCACAACCCUUCGAAUUUAGAGUAGGAAACGCAACCACGAAGCCACGCUCGAUUAUCGAAUAGCAACAUUCAUAAAUCUUAAUUUACUGAUUUUUCGCAUGCUUCCUUUGGCUCCGCGAAAUGAAUUUGAUAAAGCAAGCGAGUCGAGUCCCAAAGCCAAAUGCCCAUCACAGAGGGUGCAUAGAAGUUCCAAAAUCCAAGCUGAAUAACGGUUCAUUUAAAAUCAUCAAGACUUUAAAUUUAGUAAAAUUACAUGGAACGAACUGUUACAGUUAGCCAAUUUUGAUUUGAGAAUACUACCAUUAAAGUCGUUAGGCGCCUUUUAGCUACUUGGGAUUGUCAUUGUAAAAUUCAAAUCACUUUCAAAAGAAAUUCAACUUUAUUUAAACCGAAACCAUCUGCUGCUGUUGUACAGCAGCAGCAUCACAAAUUCAAAACAGCUCAAAAUCUUAGGAAGGUAGGAACGUCUUCUAUCUAACUAGCAGCCCUCGAGCCAACAUAGCAUUGCUCGUACUCACUGCACAUUGACAGACAGGAGCUUUGCAGUUGUUUUACAUGUCGUUUAACAUAUGCAAAAUGUUAAAUGUCUUUUCCCCGUAGGGGUUUUUGGAUUGCAGUAGUGUGUGUACGAUUAUCGCAUGCAGAAACCCUUCCAGCUACACUCAAAAGUUUGUUGUCGGUUGGAAUUCAAAAACUUUUGACAACUGUUCUUACUUAUUGAUAUAUCACGGUACAAUUACAAAGUUAGUAGCGACAUCUUGUGUUCAACACAGAAAACUGAAUGAAUAAACAAUUCAAAUUUGGUAUAAAUUUUAAGUAAAAAAUUUAAUCUUGUUAUUCAAAUUAUUGUUAUUGUAAGCAUCUUUGAGUGUAAUCAAACGACGUGUUUGGAACGACAAUUUUCAUUAUGAGUUAUGGUCGGGGGGAAAGGCAGAAGAAAAUCACACAAUGCACACAUAAUUGAAGCGAGUAAAUUGCUCGACCCAUUUCCAAGGAUAUGGAUGAAUGAAAGGCAACUGAUCGAUUAAAUAGUAAUUAUUUUUUAAAUUGCUUCACAGUUGACGUCUGAGUCUGACUGAGAAGGUGGAAUCACUUAUUGCUUUUAUAAAGAUUUUUUUAAGAAUUUUAUCUAUGAUUUCGUUGAACCUUUUUUUUACUUUUUAGAAAGAUAGUUAUAAUUUAUUUUAAAUAUUUUAUAUCACCAGAUCCACAAGUUUUGAAAAAAAAUUUAAACUACAUUAUGCCCAAUAAAUCGGAGGCCUCAAAGAAGCAAAGAAAAAAAAAUCAAACAGCAAUAUCUAUCGGAUCAAUCAAUAUUUUCAAGAUAGCUUUACGAAUGGGAUAUUCCAACCAAAACACAUUUUCUUUUGCACCUUAUUUAAAGAUGAAAAUACUGUUGAAUUGACAAAGUUGAUACUUUUUUCCUAUUUUUCAUCGAGUUCGGCAAAUCUGAAUCUAGAUUAUGAAUUCUGAAUUUUGCAUUCUGAAUUUAAAUUCUAAUUCUGAAUUUUAAAUUUAAAUUCUGAAUCCAAAUUCUGAAUUCGAAUGCUGAAUAUGAAUUUUGAAUCCCAAUUCUGAAUCUUCCUUCCAAAGCUUUUUGAAAAAUAAAAAGAAAAUUGUUAUAGUAUUCACUUUUUUCCUACUGACUUAUUUUCACGAUUCUCACUUAAUAAAAAAAAAUCUAGAUUGUAGCAAAUAACAAAAGUGAUAUAAGUGUGGUAAAUGGCAUUUGAUGUUUGAUAUGAUAUAAUAAUAACCUGAAUGUUUCGAGAACACCGCAUUUUUUGUUUUAGAUGGAGAAUUUAUAUUUUAUAUUGAUGAGAUUUUUUUGUUAUUACAAUAAUAUGGAGUCAUUAUUUAAAAAAUAACUGUCCUACUCCAAAAUAUAUGCAUAUUAAAUCGGGUGUAAGCCAACAACUGUUGAUAAACUUCCAAUUUAGCCAUUUUAAAAACUGUUGCACGUUCAGAUGCUUUUCCAUUGCUUACAAACAAAAAUUAUAAAAAUGUUAAACUUAAGACCCAAUCGUGUUUAUCUGCAAUUGUUCGACAGAUGUCCUAUCAAUUUGGAAAUAUCUUAUCUUAACGAUGUAAAUCAAUUCAACACAAAUCUAUCUCAAACCAUUCGCUGUUGUUUCCCAACACAGAACUUUAUCAAAUAUCAUUGUUCCCAACAACUGUAGCCUAGAGUACACAAAUUAAUAUUUAAAAUAAAUAAAUCCUGCAAAUUUUUUAGCAGAACAACGGAAACGGUUUAGAAGAAAAAAAAAACAAUUUUAUGAAAUGGUACUUUAUUUAACCGGAAAUAAAAGUUCAAUGAAUCGAUCCAAAAUACGAACCUGAAACUCCAGUGAUAGAAACUCUCAAACAGUACAGUCCACACUGAGAAAAAUUAGAGUUUAAAAUCUAGUAAACGAGCACAUUUAAAAUGGAUCGUAGUAUUUUCCUAAAAAUUCCUCUACUACUAGAUUAAUAAAGUCCUCUUCAAAAUGGAAACACUUACAUCCAGAUUGUCACAAGAUGAUAUUUUUUUGCGAAAUGUUAUUUAUUUUUGUCAAGAAAUAUUUUCUACGAACCAAUGAACAAAAAAAUAACCUUAAAAUAACCUACAAUUUUGUCAAACUAAUCUAAAACCGAGUUUUAUAUUGGUCAAAGCCCAAUUUUACUGUUCCACAAAAAGUACACUUUACAAACAUAAAUAUAUAAUUGUUGAUUCGAUGUUAAACCAAGUCUUGUCCCGGUCCAACAACGGUACCAUUUCUGAAAGUUACCUUUUGCAAUAAUCUUACCUUUAAAUGUUGUUGUUACCUCCUUCAAAGGAUUUAUUACUAAAGUCAGUCAUCCAAACAAAACUAUCAAAGAAAAAAAAUAUCAGCAGAACAACAAAACGAUACCAAAACAACUGUUGUAUAUUACCACUCCUAUAAAUCGAUGGGUAUGACACAAGCACCUGAAGGAGCAAAUUAACCCGAUAAAUGUUGAUAGAGAUAGCAAAAAAAACAGUGAGAUGUUCCCCAGCAAGAUUGGAUAUUUUACAAGAAAAGGAUGAAAAACGAUUGAUUUCAAGAAAGCGAAUAAUAAUAAAAACACGGAAAAUAAACUUAUGAAACAACCUUUCAGCCGAAACAAAAAAAAAAGAACAACCAAAACAUAAUAUUUGUAGUUUUGAUGGAACCGAGCGUAUGUGUUUGCUGUUUUUAAGUUAUUUUGGUGUUUUACAAAUAAAUGGUAAGAGCAACAAAGAAAAAAAUAUUACAGAAAAAAAAAUCUAAAUUUUGAAGGUGCAAUCGAAGAACCGAUCAAAGCAAAUCAAAUCCAAACAAGUCAAACCGCGAACCGGGUGAUGUUGCAACAAACUUGAAACAACCAAAUAUUGCAUUUCAUAAAUGAUCAAUAAAGCGACAUAUUCUAUUGUA